GGUUUUGUUUCUAAUUUAUAGUGUCGCGCAUUCUUAUUGCAACGGCUGAAUUUUGAAUCAAUGGCACAAGUUCAGGUGAGCCCCAAUGCGAACGGUGAUUCCGCCGCCGCCGCUGCUUUUGUCCCGAACCAGUCAGUGAUGACGUCACUGUACGUUGGAGAUCUCGACCGCAACGUCAAGGAUCCGCAGCUCUACGAUCUCUUCAACCAGAUCGGUCAGGUCGUCUCCGCUCGCGUCUGCAGGGACUUGGCCACCCAGCAAUCCCUGGGUUACGGUUACGUCAAUUUCAGUAACCCUCAAGACGCGGCAAGAGCAUUGGAUGUGUUGAAUUUCACUCCAUUGAACAAUAAACCGAUUAGGAUCAUGUAUUCUCAUCGGGACCCUAGCUCCCGCACUAGCGGCGCUGCUAAUAUAUUUAUCAAGAAUUUGGAUAAGUCGAUUGAUCAUAAGGCUCUGCAUGAUACUUUUUCCUCUUUUGGGACUAUUCUUUCUUGCAAGAUAGCCACAGAUCCUUCUGGGCAGUCAAAAGGAUUUGGCUUUGUGCAAUUUGAGAAGGAAGAGUCUGCUCAAAAUGCCAUUGACAAGUUGAAUGGAAUGCUGAUAAAUGACAAACAGGUUUACGUGGGGCAUUUUCAAAGAAAGCAGGAUAGAGAGAGUGUCUUAAGCGCCAAUACAAAAUUUAGUAAUGUGUAUGUAAAGAACCUGUCAGAGUCCAUGUCGGAUGAUAACUUGAAGAAAAUUUUUGGGGAGUAUGGGACAAUUACUAGUGCUGUAGUGAUGAGAGAUUUAGAUGGUAAAUCGAAAUGUUUUGGUUUUGUCAAUUUUGAAAAUGCUGAUGAUGCUGCUAAAGCUGUUGAGGCACUCAAUGGAAAGAAAUUUGAUGAUAAGGAGUGGUACGUUGGGAAAGCCCAGAAGAAAUCCGAAAGGGAGCUUGCCCUGAAGGAGCGAUUUGAGCAGAGUAUGAAGGAAGCUGCUGACAAAUAUCAAGGUGCUAACUUGUAUCUCAAGAACUUGGAUGAUAGCAUCGAUGAUGUAAAGCUCAGGGAACUCUUCUCAGAUUUUGGUACAAUAACUUCAUGCAAGGUUAUGCGUGAUCCACAUGGAGUCAGUAGAGGGUCUGGGUUUGUUGCAUUUUCAUCUCCUGAGGAAGCUACUCGAGCUCUCGGAGAAAUGAAAGGGAAAUUGAUUUCUGGCAAACCUCUCUAUGUUGCCCUUGCACAGAGAAAAGAAGAAAGAAGAGCCAAGUUGCAGGCCCAGUUUUCUCAAAUGACGCAUGUAUCAAUGGCUCCUUCUGUUGCACCUCAUCUCCCGCUCUAUCCUCCAAGGGCCAUGGGUCUUGGACAUCCAUUUUUGUAUGGGCAGGCACCUCCAGCUGUCCUUCCUCAAAUGCUUCCAAGGGGACGUGGCCAUCGUUAUCCAGGUGGUCGCAACAUGCAGGAGGUUCCAAUGCUUGCAGUCAACUAUGACAUGGGAGCUCUGCCCAUCCGGGAUGCGAUGGGACAACCAAUGCCCAUUCAGGCCUUGGCUACUGCCCUUGCAAAUGCUCCUCCAGGACAGCAGAGGACUAUGCUUGGUGAAGCUUUAUACCCACUUGUUGAUAAGCUGGAACAUGAUGCUGCAGCAAAGGUUACAGGCAUGCUUUUGGAGAUGGACCAGCCUGAAGUGUUGCAUCUGAUUGAGUCACCCGAUGCUCUCAAGGCAAAAGUUGCCGAGGCCAUGGACGUGUUGAAAAAUGUUGCUCAGCAGCAAACCAAUGCCCCAGCUGAUCAACUCGCCUCCCUCUCUCUCAAUGAGAAUCUUGUGUCUUAGAUAUGCAACAUUGUCCCGUUCAGCAGCUCACAUGACCGUAGAACUUCACAGUUUUGUGUCCGGUUUCUUGUAGGAUUUAGCAGCACUCGUUGGAUUAGUUUUUGAAUUUACUUUUUGUUUUAUUUCUUCGUUUGCUGGUUGAGAUUUUGAUGGCGGCAUUUUUUUUAUUCCCUUUAAAAUUUUGAUAUUUAUAUCCCGUUAAUUUGAAUUAUGAUGGUUGGUUCUUGAACUUUUAUCUUAUGAAGUUUUGGUAGAAUACAUUUUAUUCCA